GUAGUGUGGAUCAAUUAUAUCAAGCAACUUCUGCCAGUUCAUAUUACCACACAUACAUACAUACCACGCAGUACUAAUUACAAUUUCAUGCAUGCUAGUUCAAACAUACACUGGAAGGGAUCACAUUGCAUGCCCUUUGCAUAGCUCUUAAUCUGCAACAAGGCAACAUAAGAAUUCAUUUGGGAAAUACUAGCUACUAAGCUGCAAGGAUGACGUCCAAAGCUGUUUGGGUGAUGUUAGUGUGUAUACUACAAACAUCUCAAGUCCUAUGCCAGGGAAAUGCAUGCCAAGAGCCCCAGGCCCUCAUUACUGGUGAGAUGUACAGAGUGGAGGAUGAACAGUUUACGGCCAGUUCAAGCUUCUCUGAAAACUACCUUCCCCACGAGGCUAGGCUGGAGGGGAAUUCGUGGUGCGCACAAGCAGGCUUGGGUAGUGGUGCCUGGAUUCAAGUCGAUUUCAAAACAUAUGUCAUAAUUCAAGAGUUACAGAUAGGAGGAGAUAGAGGAGGCUUCUACAUCAAUCAGUUCACAAUAGAGCAUGGUCCUAACAGUGACCAGUUGAACAGCAUUCUCCAAGCUAAUUCCAACCAACCAAUGGUCUUCACUAGACUAAACUCUCCCAGUGUCAGCACGACAGUCCUACCCACCCCUCUCACCACUCGAGUAUUGAGGAUUGUCAGUGUGGUCCAUUCUGGAUCAGACCCUUGUCUGUACCUAGAGGCAAUUGGCUGUGUCCAAUCUCCAGAUACCACACAAACUACACCAACAAACGAAACAGAAACAGAUGAUGCUAUGACAACAACAAUGCUAGUCAGUGCUGGGAACACAGGAGCCAUUGUGGGAGGGUCAGUGGGUGGAGCCACCUUCGUACUUGUGAUCUUACUUAUCACUAUCAUCAUACUAGUUGUGUGCCUACAAGUUAAAAGGAGAAAUAUCAGGACUGAGGCUACGCCAGGAUCCAGCACUGAGAAAAAAUGUUCAGAAGAAACCCGAUCUCCCAAUACCCUAGAAAACAUGGGUGAAGUCUACUCAGAACCUAUGGCAAUAGCCUACAAGCCAAUUACGAUGACAACUUUAAACCGAUCCAAUACGUAUGAAAGCAUUAACAUCUCCGACCUGGAGUAUGCACAAGUAGACACCACGAAAGGUGGCUAUAGCAACACGGAGGAGAGGGAUGGUGAUAUGACUCAGAACAAUGCUUAUGGAAGAUUGGUGGAGAAUGGAGCUACUAGUCUACCAGAGGCAGAGAAUGAAUACGAACUUGUGUGAUUGUGCAUUACAUGUGCUCUCAAGUUGGAUAUAAUAAUUAAUGCCUCUUCUACAAUUUUUUGGGCUGUUAUUUGACUAACAAUUCUACUGCAAAUUAAAUCUCAUAGUCUUAUCAACAAUCUUUGUUUGGUCAUUAUUAUAGUCUCUCAAACUGCAAUUUAUACAACAAAGUUAUAUUAGUACAUAUACUGUUAGU